AUGGAAGCAGCUGGAUAUAGUUUGGAGGACAUGGUACAAAUGGAACACUUCUCAGUAAAAGCAGUUUAUAAGAGACUGCAAGGAGAAUUUCAAAAAGUACCCUGGAGAAAAUUAGUGUGCAAUAACAUGGGAUACCCAAAGUGGAUUUUCAUUCUAAGACUGGCUAUUAUGGAAAGGUUGGCUACAAAAGGCAGACUUGAGAAAUGGGGGAUAAAGGUAGAUAAAACUUGUGUGAUGUGUAACAAAGCAGAGGAAUCUGUGGUGCACUUGUUCUUUCAAUGUGAGGAAACUGCUAGAGGCAUUCAGAGGAGGUGUUUGGAUUGGAAAGCUGAGGUUGAAUGGGCUAUGCAACAUUAUAGGGGACACAGUAGAGCUACUGUUAUAUACAAAAUGACACUGGCAGCUGUAAUAUACCACAUUUGGGCUGAGAGGAAUACAAGAGUUUUUCAGCAGAAGAGUAGGACAGCACAAACUAUAUCUAGGCUUAUCAUUCAGGAAGUUUUUCUCAGAGGAAGCUUAGUAAAAAAGCUGGUUGUGUAUCUACAAAAGCUUACUUUCUAUCCUAUAGUAGAUUAG